CACAUCUCAUCAUCUCGGCCGUUGCGAGCAAUAAAGCAAACAACAAACAGUCCAUACCCACUGUGCGGCAGAGCAAUAAACAAAGCCAAAUUCAAAUUUCAAGGUUUUUUUUGGGAGAAAUUCAAACUUCCCUCCAACUAGAGCCCUCCAAAACUAAAAUUAGAAAUACAUCCAUUUUACACACUUCUAUUUAAAGACAUGUUGACUCUUCUUUGGAUUCUUCCACUUCCUUUUCCUUUUCAGCAGAUGUGUCAUCCUCUUUUGACAAUCUUCCCCAAGUGAUUGAAGUCCCUUUUGCUAACCUUUUCACUCCUGCAACAGAAAGCGAAAACAUUAGCAAAGGUGGUGUACUAAAUCAAAAACAAAAUUGGUGGUAGAUGUGUUACUACAACAGUAAAAAAUGGCAAACUUCAGGAUGGUGUCAUUAAGAAAGUAGAUGAAGAAUUCAGCUUUUCUGCUAAAACAAUUAGCAAAAUUUGGGCAGUAGCUACAACUCAACUUGAGGGUGGUCUACCCAUUAAUGUUGAAUGCAAGUGGAAAUGGAAAUGUGGCAGAAAAAGGCUCGCACUUGACAUGGAAAAAAUGGCAGUUGUGCCUUUUAACAGGAGAAAGAACAUGCGUGCACUUGCUCAUGCUAUGGAUGUGUCAAAAUCCACAAUCCAUAGAUGGCUUAAGUGGAAAGACAUCAGGAGGCAUUCAAGUGUCAUCAAGCCACUACUAUAAAAAAAGGUAUGCUUAAAAGACUGAAGUUCUGUUUGGAUCAUGUAAUUCCCCCCCCCCCAAUCCCCAUGAGCCCAAAAUUUCAUGACUUUUAUGAUCACAUUCAUAUUGAUGAGAAAUGGUUUGACAUAACAAAAGAAACCUCAACAUACUAUGCACUACCUAAGGAGGCACCCCCAUACUGAACCAUUCAAAGCAAAAAAAAAUCAUACCAAAAAUUAUGUUUCUAGCCGCGGUUGGUAGGCCUAGGUAUGAGGAGGAUGUGGAACUUCUAUGGGAUGAGAAAAUAAGCAUUUUUCCAUUCACUUAUGAAGCUCCAUCUCAAAGGUCUAUUAAGAACAAGCCUGCAGGGACUAUGGAAGUAACGUCCAUCCCAAUCAUAAAAAGAGAUGUGAUGAAGGGGAUGUUGCUUACUAAGUUACUUCGAGCAAUUAAAGAAAAAUGGCCAGGAUCAUCAAGGAAUAAAAUAGUACAGCAAGAUAUGUUAAGCCUCAUGUGGAUGGUAGUGACCUUGAUAUUAAAGAAGCUGCUCAAAAAGGUGAUUGGAACAUUGGACUAAAAUUCCAGCCACCCAACACCCCUGACCUAAACGUACUUGAUCUUGGAUUCUUUAGGUCAAUUGACUCACUGCAAGACCGAACAGCUGCUAGGUCCUUGACAGAGUUGCUUAAAGCUGUUACAACAACUUUUGAAAAACUAUCACCAGAGAAACUCAAUAAAGUCUUUUUGACUCUUCAAGGGGUGAUGGGUGAGGUUCUAAUUAACAAUGGAGGUAACCAAUUCAAAAUCCCUCACAUGGGAAAAAUUAAGUUGGCCAGAAAAGGUAGACUGCCACAAAUUGUUCUUAGAGGAACAAAUGUAAGUACCUUAAGUUAGGGUACUUUUUGUUAUAUCUGCAAACAUGGCCAAGGAAAGGUACAAUGUCUCCAUGUACCUCCAGUGACUUUUUGCACAAUUAUUUGAUGGGAACAAGUAUUGCAGGGACUUUUUGCACAAUUAUUGGAUGAGAACAAGUGUUGUAGGGACUUUUGAAUGCCAAAGAAGAAGUAUUGAACAUGCAGGUUUUAAGCAAUGGGAUUUUUUUGCUUUUUGUGAUACCCUCUUCAUCCUCUAAGGGAAAAUGGCCUCCCCCAAGUUUGAGAGAAUUUGGGAUAUGCAAAGGAGAAGGCCUUUUUACGACACUAUCGGUUAAUAUCUUGAAGCUGGGCAUCGUAGAGUCACGAAUCACCACUACUACUAAUUCAAUUUCUGAAGAAGAAGGGAAGAUUGAUCAGAACAGAGGAGGAGAGGAGAGGAGGGUAAAAUGCCGCGAUGGGAAAGUGGAAUGGGCAGAAGAGAGACAGUGGAGUUAAUAGGGCACGAUUGGUCCAUUCAUUAUCAUCGAAAUUGAUGCGGCGAGGUCUUUUACUGCCAGAAUUUCUUUAUAUUUUUUACCGGGCACCACUUGCACAAAUAGCUUUUCAAAGCUACAGUUUGG